CUAGUAGGCCGUACUUUAAGGUUUUGCUAUACGCAUAUCUUGGCCGUAGCCAUCUGACCCCAAAAUAACUCAAUACCAAAGCCACUAGCGUCGUUUAAGGCCUAAUUAUGAAUGAAUCCACUCAUUUAAUUUCUCUCUGAAAGCCAGGAUUUAAGUAAACAUGUGUAGUGGCAAUAGUAGGCUUAGACUGCCUCUAAAAAUAACAGCCUACGCCAGAAAGGUAGAAUAUGGGUGAGAAAUCAGCAGGACCGUUAUAGGCCAAUAGGCCAGGCCUAUUCAUAGAAAUGGACCUAAUAAAGGAGGGGUCAGAAGUCUGGACAAAGAGCAUCUGUGAGAUAGAUAGCUCGUCGUUAAACGAUUAUGACUCUAACUACCAGGAUGCAUCAGAACAAAACACAGCCUCUCAUCCCUCUGCUCUGGGUAGAGAUUGCCCAAAAUAUGAUAGGAUCAGUUUAUCCUCCCCAAAUUCUAACCUCAAUUAUUACUGGGUCACACGUAAAACUGACUCUAGAUCAGUGUCUAGGGGUAGACGUUAUCCGAGUACCCCUCCCCCUCGCGUCUCGUUCACGGCUGUGGGCUGUGCGCUGCAGGGGGGCGGGAGGCGAGGAGAGCGAAGCGGCAGAAGGCUCAUUGUGUGUCGGCUAGAAAGUGGGGAUCGUUGCGGGGGGGAGAAAGCGUGCGUGGAGGCUGAACUCUCGCUUUUGUCGCCUGUGGAGGAGGGGGCGGAUAAAGUAGCCUGCUCGCUCACACACACACCAGGGACGCCCGGUUCGUUUAUCAGCAUCAUCAUACCCAUUACCGAGGAUACACAGUGAACCGGGAAGGGAUGCAGAUUUAGCGCGAGACGGACAGUGGGACUUCGGUCUCAGCUGGAUUCGGAUAAAUGGUGCGUGCGCCGUUCCGUCGUCGGCGAUGAGAAGAAAGGAGGACAAAAGAUGAACGGAUGGAGGAUAGACACGGCCCCUCGGUAGACACGCGCCUUCGGUUUACCGCAUCUCUCUGAUCUCGUGCCGCCGUGCGUGAGUCUGUCGGUCAUUCCGUCGUUCAGACUGUGUCUCACUAGGGAGAAAAACCCGAACAGUAUUCCCGAAUUACAGGAGGCGUUGCCUGUAUCUGACUGACUGCAGAGAGACUAUUGUCUGUGUGUGUUUGUGUGUGUGAUUUGACGUUUAGGGGUGUGAUUGUAUGUGAGCGGGUGUGCUUGUGUGUGUGGUGACUGUGAGGGGUGUGUUUGUCUGAUUUGAUGGGGAGGGGUGUGUGAGGGUGUGUGAGUUGCUGGUGUAAGGGUGUGUGUGUGUGAGCCAUGGGGAACACAGAGAGUAUGGAGUCUCAGCUAGCUGUCAUCAGGGCCAGGGCUGCUCCUGUCAAGCUGCCCAUGCCUGAUCCUGCUGAGCUGGAAGAGAGGUUCUCCAUUGCACUGAACUCUAUGAACCUGCCCCCUGAUAAGGUGCGUCUGCUCCGUUGCUACGACAACGAGAAGAAGUGGGAGCUGAUAUGUGAUCAGGAACGGUUCCAGGUGAAGAACCCUCCUCACACCUACAUCCAGAAGCUGAGAGGAUUCCUUGACCCGGCCGUCACACGCAAGAAAUUCCGUCGGAGAGUCCAGGAGUCGACUCAGGUGCUCAGAGAACUGGAGAUCUCACUACGGACCAAUCACAUCGGGUGGGUGAGGGAGUUUCUCAACGAGGAGAAUCAGGGCCUAGAUGUCCUAGUAGAGUACCUCUCCUUCGCUCAGUACGCGGUCACGUUUGAUGGGGAGGUAUCAGAGGCCAGUACUGAGGAGAGAGCUGUAGAUUCUCCCUGGAGUCGUUCUAUAGAAGAUCUCCAUGGAGACAGCAACCUGCCCUCCCCCUCCAGUGGCAACAACAUACCGCGCUCCGCACGCCACUCUAUCGGGUCAGCGCUGGUGUCCAGGUCUAACACACUGCCCAGUAGGAAGACACUGAAGAACUCCCGCUUGGUGUGUAAGAAGGACGACGUUCACGUGUGUGUGAUGUGUCUCAGAGCCAUUAUGAACUACCAGUAUGGCUUUAACAUGGUCAUGUCCCAUCCUCAUGCUGUGAAUGAGAUCGCUCUGAGCCUCAACAACAGAAACCCAAGGACUAAGGCUCUGGUAUUGGAGCUGCUGGCUGCUGUGUGUUUGGUCAGAGGAGGUCAUGAGAUAAUCCUGUCUGCUUUCGACAACUUUAAAACAGUGUGCUCAGAGACCCUGAGGUUUGAGAAGCUGAUGGAACAUUUUAAGAACGAGGAUGACAACAUUGACUUCAUGGUGGCCUGUAUGCAGUUCAUAAACAUUGUGGUACAUUCUGUUGAGGACAUGAACUUCAGAGUACAUCUUCAGUAUGACUUCACCAAACUCAAUCUGGACGAUUACCUAGAAAGGUUGAAGCACACAGAGAGUGAUCGGCUGCAGGUGCAGAUCCAGGCCUACCUGGACAACGUGUUUGACGUGGGGACGCUGCUGGAGGACGCAGAGACCAAGACCGCCGCGCUGGAGAGGGUAGAGGAGCUGGAGGAGAAUAUGACCCACAUGACAGAGAGGCUCCUGGACACAGAGAACGAGGCCAUGGCCAAGAUAGUAGAGCUGGAGAAACAGCUGAUGCAAACCAACAAGGAGCUGGACACCAUACGGGAUGUGUAUGCUAGUGCUAACAACCAGGUGCACACCCUGCGGAGGAUCGUACGUGAGAAGGACCAGACCAUCCGCAGGCAGAGUCGACUGGAGCGCCAUGCUCAGGACGGUGGAGGGGGCACCUUGGUGGUACAGGGAGGGGGCACCUUACACCCCGCGAGGGGCGAGGGGGACGGAGGGGUGGGUGACUUGUCCUCCACCUCUCUGACCCUCGGCAUGACCCUCUCCCCCAGUCCGGAGACAGUGGGCUAUGGCUUGUCAGGGACGGGACUAGGGAUGAUGCCAGCCCCUCCCCCUCCCCCGCCACCUCCACCAAUGCCAGUGAUUCCAGGGAACAUGUCAAACGGGCCCUACCCUGCUCCUACUCCUCCUCCUCCCCCCCCACCUCCCCCUCCUCCCCCCUUAUGUUCCAUGGAGUCCUCCGGUCCUCUGCCUCCCCCUCCUCCCCCAUGCGCCCCUCCUCUCCCCGGCUGUGGUGGAUCACCCACUGUCAUCUUUAACUCCGGCCUGGCAGAGGGGUCACUCAAGCUGUUCUCUGUGAAGAUUAAGAAGCCUAUCCAGACUAAGUUCCGUAUGCCAGUGUUUAACUGGGUGGCCCUGAAACCAAGUCAGAUCAACGGCACUGUCUUCAACGACAUAGAUGAUGAAAGGAUCCUCCAGGAGCUGAAUGUGGAAGAGUUUGAGGAGAUGUUUAAGACCAAGGCCCAGGGGCCAGCGGUGGAUGUGACUCUGAGCAGGCAUAAGGCCCCUCAGAAGGGCCCCAACAGGGUGUCUCUGCUGGAGGCUAACAGAGCCAAGAACCUGGCCAUCACCCUCCGCAAGGCUGGCCAGGGGCCCGAACUCAUCUGUAGGGCCAUCCAGACGUUUGACAUGCGUACUGUGCGUGUGGACUUUGUGGAGUGCCUGAUGCGUUUCCUCCCCACUGAGGGCGAGGUGAAGAUGCUACGGCAGUACGAGAGGGACAGAAAGCCUGUGGACGCACUGAGCGAUGAGGACCGCUUCAUGUUGCAGUUCAGCCGCAUAGAGAGACUGGCCCAACGCAUGUCCAUCAUCACCUUCAUGGGCAACUUCCAGGACAACAUACAGAUGCUCACACCGCAACUCCACGCAAUCAUCGCUGCUUCUGUGUCCAUCAAGUCCUCCCAGAAACUCAAGAAGAUUCUAGAGAUUAUCCUGGCUCUGGGGAACUAUAUGAACAGCAGUAAGAGAGGAGCGGUGUACGGAUUCAAGCUGCAGAGUUUAGACCUGCUGCUGGAGACUAAGACUACUGACAGAAAGCAGACCCUGCUGCAUUACAUAGCCAACGUGGUGAGAGAGAAAUACCCCGGAGUCGCUCUGUUCUACAAUGAGCUGCACUAUGUAGAGAAAGCUGCCGCAGUGUCCCUGGAAAACGUGGUGUGGGACGUGAAGGAGUGUCAGCGUGGUAUGGAGCUGUCAUGGAGGGAGUACAGCAUGCAUGGCCACAACCCUCUCCUCAAAGACUUCAUCAGCAAACAUGAGACUCGCCUGCAGAAACUACAGGAGGACGCACACAUCGCACAGGAUGCAUUUGACGAUGCGGUGAAGCACUUUGGGGAGAGCUCUAAGACCAUGCCUCCCUCUGUCUUCUUCCCUGUGUUUGUACGAUUCAUCAAAGCCUACAGGCUGGCGGAGGAGGAGAAUGAGCAGAGGAGGAGGCAAGAGCAGGCGCUGAUGGAGAAGCUGGAGCAGGAGGAGCUGCAACAGGAGCAGGAGGAGCCUAAGUCCCCGUCCAACCGUCCAAAGCAGCGGCAGCAGGAGUCCCUGAUCACAGAGCUGAGGAGGCGACAGGGCGGUAAAGACAGCAGACAUGUCUACGAGGGCAAAGAUGGAGCUAUAGAGGACAUCAUUACAGUGCUGAAGACCGUCCCUUUCACUGCCAGGACGGCCAAACGCAGCUCUCGCUUCUUCUGUGAUCCCACCCACACUGAAUAACACAACUAAACUCUCAGAGAGAGAUGGUAGAGAUAGAGAGAGAUGAGGGAGAGAUACUGUUGGAGAGAGAUAUACAGGGUAGAGGGGAGAGAGAGGUGAGGGAAAGCUAGGUGGGAGAGAUAAAGCGGUAUAACAAUGCGAUAGAGAGAGGAGAGAAGCGUGGGGGAAAAGAGAGGCAGUUAGAGAGAGAGAGAAAGAGAGAGAGAGAGAGAGAGAGAGACGGCCUCUGGAGUAGUGACUACCAGAGAGAAGCUGAACUCUGAACUUUGAACUCUAUAGCAAGACAGACAUCAAGAUUACCUGUGACCUCACCUGUCUGGUCUGACAUCACUGCCCCCCCACCCCCCAUCCCCUCUGUGUUACUUACACAUGUUAUGAAGCUUCUUCGGUGAUUAUUACUGUUUAUAACCCUCCCAUAACCCUGGACUGUAGCCCUGGAAUCAACCUGCAACCCACCAUGCACUUUGACUUUCUGUCCUCUAAACCCGAGAGGGAAGAACUUGAUACGCGAUGACAGUGACUGGACAUUUAGUAGCAACACAGUCUGGUCAUUUAAUAGCUACAUAGCAUUGCCAGUUUAUCAGUUAAUAGCAGACAUGACAAGCAAAACAGAACAGGAAAACAGAACAGCAAAAAUAAACAGUUGUUUUUUGUCCAAUUAGUAUUAGUGAUGUACAGUAUGUGUCUCUAAAGCUGUGUGAUGACAUGAUCGCUGUCAUAGGAUAUUGAGAAGGGAGGGGGAGAAGUUUGAAGAGUUUCUUCUUGUUGAACAUUCCAACCAAUUCUAAUUGAUAAUGACAUCACAAAGGGUUCUUAACCCACUCCUAUCCAGCUGUAAGAUGCCAGAAUUGAACACUGAGAAUAGUGUUCGAAAGCUCACUCCUACAAGGUUCCCUCUUCUCUGUCUGCUGCUGUGUGACAGUGAAACGUGUACAGCGCUCGCUACGUUCACUACAUUUGACUGUGUUUACUAUUUACUACCUUUAAUACCUUUAACCUCCAACAGGGUUUUUUCAAAGCUCAGGCCCUCCAGUUCCUCAGUCCUGCUGGUUUUCCUUUCUCCCUGGCACUUGAUUGAUCGUUUAAUGUUACUGAUAAUGAUUGGCUGCAGAGUGCACACACACCUGGUUUCCCAGGUAGAAAUCGGUCUCUGAUUAAAAGAAGUACGAAAACCAGUAGACACUGUGGCCCUCGAGGACAGGAGUUGAUACCCCAUACUACCCUAAAAUAAAGGUCCCUGUCUUAUCCUUGCCAUCCAAAAGUCCCAGUCUGUUUCUGCUUUAUAGCCAACUGACUCCUUUUCUGUGAUCUUGUCAAGGUGAGGUAAAGGAUGUAGUGUUCUUGAAUGCAGAAUGUCUGGCACCUAGGCUACUACACCACCCAUGAUCUUUCCUGGCUCAUGGGACCAACUUCUAGGGAGACUCGAGAGGGAUCGCUCCAUUUCAUAAAAAAAUCAUUAAAAAUGUAACUGCAAAAAACAACAGCACAAUACUUUUCUACGUGUAUAUAUAUUUUCUAGGGAAUCCCGCUUGUUGCUUUUAUCCCCCACUCCCACCCCUGCUGUUUGUCAGUGUUGAUGUUCAUUCUUAAUCUGCACUCGUUGUGUAAAUAAACUGUAUCCAGUCA